AAGGGAGGGAAUUGGAGGAGUUUCCAGCGGCUACUACUUUCCCUUCCCCCCUCACCAUCCCGCCCACAUCAGCUGUUCAGAGGGGGAGGAUUCUGGAAAGAUCAGGGCAGAGCAGAAUACUGUGAAGCCUGGUGGAGGUCAGUAAUUGGAAGUGCGUACUGAAUUAGAGUGUGCUCUCUAAGACGAUAAGAAUCCUCGAAGAAUCCUCCUUGUUCGAGCCAGAUUUAGGCUGCUGAUUUUUCAGGAGGUGAAACAGAAACUGUCCCAGGAUCAAGAACUUUGCAGCAUCCUUCAACAGAAGAAAGAUGCGAGCUCUCAUUCCAGAGCCAAACCCCGGAGACCUGAUUGAGAUUUUCCGAAUGUGCUACAGACACUGGGCCAUCUAUGUGGGCGAUGGCUAUGUGGUCCAUCUGGUUCCCCCAAGUGAGUACGCCGGGGCCGGUGCCUCGAGCAUCAUGUCUGCCCUGACGGAUAAAGCCUUGGUAAAGAAGGAGCUGCUCUAUGACGUGGUUGGAAGGGACAGGUAUCGGAUCAACAACAAACACGAUACAGUUCACCAGCCUCUGCCUCCCAGCAAAAUCAUCCAGAAUGCCGAGGAGCAGGUGGGAAGAGAGGUCCUCUACAAGCUCACCAGUGAAAACUGCGAGCACUUUGUGAACGAACUGAGAUAUGGGGUGCCCAGAAGUGACCAGGUCCGAGAUGCCUUGGUGGGAGCAAGUGUGGCAGGAGUGGGCCUAGCUGUGGUGGGCCUUAUUGGUGUGAUGUUAUCAAGGAACAAACGUCAAAAUCAAUAAGAAUCAUCCCGAGAGAGUUGGGGUUUUAGAGUGUUACUUUGCCAGAGAUUGGUUGGUUUUUCUUACUAAUUUGGAUCCAUGCAGUUACUGAAAUAAAGCUGGAAAUUUUAUUAAGGAAAAAAA